AUGCCGCUCUUUGGGAAUAUUGUUGUAAUUAAGCGGAAUGGGACUGAUGGGAUUAGUUUUCCACUCACUGCAAGUUCUUGUUUAUUUGGAAGGAGAACAGAAUGUGAUAUUCGCAUCCAAUUGCCUCAGGUCUCAAAAGAACAUUGUAAAAUUGAAGUAAAUGAAAACAAGGAGGCAAUAUUGACUAAUUUAAGUACAGUAAAUCCUACGCAGCUGAAUGGUGGUUGUUUUCAGCAACCUGUACCUCUGAAGCAUGGAGAUGUGUUAACUAUUAUUGAUCGUUCUUUCAGGUUUGAAUAUCCUCUCCAAGCAACUCCAAGAAAGAGGCGUUCUAGAUCUCCAAAAGAUGAAACGCUGCAGGAGAUGUCAAGAGAUACUGGUAAAAGAAGUCACUUGCAGGAUCAUAAGGAACUAGGUACAGCAGGCGGAUCUAAAGGUACUGAAGUUACAACCAAACCCAGUAAGGAGAAUGAUGGAAAUGCAGCGUUUUCACUGAAGCCGUGCUCUAUAGAAUGCUUGGAUUAUGCAGAUGAAACGAAAAUAUACAGCUCUGCAAUAGCAGUAGAUAAACUGGCGCAAACAACUAACACGACAAACGUUUCUGAAGUAGAUAAAUAUGUUCUGUGUACACCAACGCCCAGAAGGAAGAGUCCCCGCUCUCAGUUCGUAUCGCCUACCAAAGAAACUAGCGGGAUGAAUCCUGUAAAUACUGAUACUCCAACAACUCGACGACGUGUGUCAUUGAAAUGUAAGUCUCUUUCAGAAGUUUCAGCUGAAACUCAAAGGGAAGAUUCAGCGUGCAGAAACGGUAGCCCCAAACAACUGUCUUUGGCAGAAAAUGAAUGCUUAAAGCAAAGACGAAAUAGUAAGCAACAUACACCAGGAAAACCGGUAAAAGAAGAAGUGCUGAAAGAAAUUGGUGAUCAGGCAAACUUUGUGAACUCAAAAGAGGGACACUCGGAAACUCCUGCCUCUCUUUCUAAUUCCAAGAGUCCCAGAAGAAAUAACAGGCAAAGUACAGAAUUAUCAAAUAAAAGUGUCCUUUCAGAGACGCUGGCUUCAGAAGAGUUGACGUCAGAUCUGGCAUCUCCUGCUGGUCAGAAAUCUGACUCUGGAAGGAAAAGGGGUAGGCCAAGGACCUCUGGACUGCUAACUGAAAAUGCAUUGGAGACAAAUGCCGUUCAAGAGCAUCACGGUAAGACUAGAGACAGAAAAGACAGUGGGACUAACGAAGAGCUGGCCACGGAGGGGGAUCAUCAGAAACAAGAGUUGGAAGGUGCCAGUGUUACAAGACCUCGCAGAUUGUCAUUGAAGAGAAGGUCUUCUGGAAGUGCUGCUGUACUGAAAGACGAUGAGGCUGUGUCAGAAAUGCAUAUUUCUGGCCUGUUGGCUGGAGAAGAAUCAGGCAAGACAAAAAGGAUAUCUCAGAAGAAGAAAAGUGGUGAUUUGUUACUUCAGCCUUUACGAAAAAGAAAGAGAGUGUCUUUUGGUGGUCAUCUAAGUCCAGAACUUUUUGAUAAAAGUUUGCCUCCCAACUCGCCCCUUAAAAGAGGUGCGAUUCCUGCGAGGCUGAGCUUACCAUUUGGAAACUCACCACGUGCGGUUCUGAAAAAGGCUCAGGGACUGAAGCACUUUGCAGUCCAGGAACUUUCUGAACAUUUGCAGAAGGAAAAAAUGUCACCAAAAAACUUGCCGACUCAGAAGUCCCCAGCUGCCUCAUCCCCUGCCUCUGGGAAGGCAGCACCUAAAUUUACUUUAGGCUCUCCAGCACCUUACACAAAAGGACGUUUCUCUGUUUCUCUCAUCACGACAUCGUUGCCAAUCGCAGAAGAGAAGGAUACUGUUGCAGAAGACAUAAAUACAAAGCAGAAAAAUGGUGCCCGAGUGAAAACACCUAAAUCUCCUCACGUUAACCGAGAUUUUGCAAAAUCUUGGGCAGAAGUGGUAAAAUUAGGUGUUGCAAGACCACAGUCAAAAACUGUUAAAAAAAAAAGAAAAAUAAAAGGUCAUUUUAGUACAGGUCAUGCAGAGUCACCUGCUACAAUAGUGGUAGGUAGAGCUUAUUCCACCACAGUCAGAACGGCUGGACAGGUCCCUAAAGUGGUAAAAAAUCCUAUCUUGAAGCUAAACAUGAACAUGGACGAAAGCUUCACAGGAAUGACUGAAAUGUUUCAAACUCCAGAAAAUAAGAGUGGAAAAGCAUUACCUUUGGCCACUGUUGAGAAGACUGAUUUUACGCCAACAUGUACCGCAGUGGAAAUUUCUGAAUUGCACACUCCUGAAGAAUCUGGAGAGAUGAUGGUGUCACCGUUAAAUAGUUCAGCUGCUUCAGAACAGAAACAAGAUAGUCCAGGAAUUUGUCACUUACUGAGAGAGAAGGAAUCUCUAAAGUCUAUGUUUGAUGCAAUAUCCACAAAAACUCCUGAAAAAAGAAAAACUGUGCUGGAAGAAAAUAUUAGUGUGGAUAGUUUGUCAAGAAUUCCAGAAAAACAAGCAUCUCGGGUGGAAUCGGGAAGUAAAAGGAGGACUCCAAAGCAGAAGUUGGAGCCAGCUGAGGUCAUGUCAGGCAUCAAGCAGAAAAAGAUUGAAAGAUCGCGGAAGACACCAGUGCAAAAAGGGGAAGCAGUAAAAGAUGUGGCAGGUGUCACUUUAAUCAAGAAAGCUCCAAAGCUGAAAUAUCAGCCAGUAGAAGACAUGAUUGGAGUCAGCCGUAUUUUCAAGACACCAAAGGAAAAAGUUGAACCCAUAGAAGAUACGUUUGGUGUUAGUAGACUAGUGAAGACUCCGAGAGAGAAGUAUCAACCAGUUGAUGAUGCGUUUGGUAUUAGUAGACUAGUGAAGACUCCGAGAGAGAAGUAUCAACCAGUUGAUGAUUUUGUGGGUCUGCAAAGGCUUAUGGCAGAACCCAGGCAGAAAUGUUCUGAUUCUGAAGUGGACUAUGUUGGAGUUACGGAAAUGUUUGAUAUACCGGAGGAAAUUAAGGUCAGAUCAGUAAAUGUUAUGGGUUCUAAGCAGGAAGAUACUGCACCUCUUUGUGCUAAUUCCAGUCAUAAAUAUGAAGACAAAGGAAGUAUUUCACAAGAUGAAGAUUCUCAACAGAAGGAAUCAACUAGUGAAGACCAGUCCACCCAGAGACCAGCAAGGGGCAGAUCGCAGAAGACAGUACAUCCUGCUUCUGCAAAGCAGUGUGAAAAGGAUUUGAAUUUAAAAGAAUUGCAAGGUCUGGGAAAAAAGAGCGCCCAAGAGGAGAUGGGAGAGAUCAGUACUUCAUCUUCAGUAGCUAAAAAUGAAGGAAGAGGAAGGAGAACAAAGCGUUGCAUGCAAGAAGAAAUCGUUUCAGAGCACCCUGAUCAGGAAAAAGUUGAAACUGUUUCGUUUGUGGAACCACGUGCAGCUACUCCAAGACCAGGAAGAGGUAAAAGGAAAGAACCGAAGGAGUUAAAACACCCAAGUGAGAAUCUUGAGUCCUGUGGCAGAGAUCCUUCAGUGCUACGAAAAGAACUUGCAAAUAUGAAACAGACUUUGCAGGAGUAUGGCAUCAAUGACAUCUUAGAAACCGAAGAUGUUCCAACCAUAAAGAGAGUAAGUGUAUCUAGUAGCAUGCAAAAUGAAAAUUGUCAACUGCAAACAGGUUUAAAAAAACCUGAAAACAAAUCUAAUGAAGGUGGUGUAGAAGACAGUGAAGAAAUGCUUCUGUCACCUGGGAAGAGGUCUAGAGGAGUAAAAAAAGUAGAAAACACAGAACCACUGAUUCCACCUAAAAGAGGAAGAAGAGCUAGAAAUGACCGAGUUACGCAAGCUUCUUCAGAGGACCUUCAUGGGACAACAAGGAAGCUUCGCAAAGACUCAUCAGCAAAGAUGAUACAAAGAGAUGAACAGACUUCUGGCAAAGACACAGAGACUGCCACAGCAGAAGAGUCUGAAAAUGGAACUAAACUUGAAAUAAAGACAACAGAGAAAGGAAUUAAGUCUUUAAGAAGUGCUAGAAAGCACUCAGCUGAAAUAAAAGCAGACAUUGGUGGGAUCGCACGUGAAAAUAUACAAAACAUUCAGAAAACCGAGGAAACUUCAGCUGAAACUGAUACUGAAACACAAUCACACACAAAAAAUGAGAUUAAAGAAUUUCAGGGAGAUGAAACAGAAAAUGCUCAGGAAAAUACAACAGAGGCAUCUCAAAGAUUAAAAGCAGAGUCACUUUCUGGAGAGGCAAACAAAAUACCGGUUACUGCUCUGAACUUGGAAGCAAACAGAAGCGCAGUACGAGAAACAAACAGAACUAGAAACAGGAGAGGCAAAAAUGACUCUUUGGAGAAAAAGACUGAUGAACUUGCCAAAGAUGUAACCAACCUAGAACUAAUUACUCCCAAAUUUAAGUCAGAAACAGAAAUGGACGAAUCUUCUCUCAAAAAUUCUUUGAGCUCUCUUUGUGUCAAGAAUACAUGCCAAGUCACGGAGGACCAGAACAACCCAGCUGGCGCAUCAGUACCUGCUGCAAACAGUGACAGUCUUGCUCAUAGCCGUCAAAAGUGGACAAGAAAUGAACAGGGAAUAUUUAAACCAAAGCAAACUGAAAUCCUGCAAAAGAAUCGAGCACAAGACAAUGGAACUGCACGUAGAAGAGGCAGAGGUAGACAAGUUAAUUUUGAACUUGAAGAAGCCAGUUCCAAAGUGGUUGGAGGAAAAAGGAGUUUACCUGAGGAUGGCAAAGGAAUGACUUACGAAGAUGGUCAACGUGAGACUUCAGAAAAUCCUUCUUCACAAGUAAGGAGGAGCAGAAGAAAGCAAGCUGAUUGCAUGCCACAAAUAGCUUGUUCUACCUUUAUGGAAAAACAAACAUUAAUUGCAGAUCAUAGUAAAGAUGAAGCUUUUGUAAAGGAGCAAGAUUCAGCUUUGGAAGCUACUCCCUCUUCAACAGAAGACAAUCCACUGAGACGAGGGAAAAGACGAGAGGUUGCUGCAGCAUCACAGGCAUCCCGAUCUAUUUCUAUCAGAAAAAGACGUGGGUUGCUAGAAGGUGAUGAUAAAAAGAUGACUGUGAAAGAAGAUCAAAAUCCAGCUUUGGGAAAUAAAACUUUGCAGGCAAAAGCAAAUGCAUCAGCAAGGGACAAAAGGAAAAAGAUUGAUCUAGCAGCAGAGGCAAAAAGUUCAUCUUCUCUCUGGAGAAAACGUGGCUUGUCAGAAACUGAUGAUAAAGAGGAGAGUACUAAUGAAGAACAAAAUAUGCCUUUGGAAACAGUGUCCUGUGUAAAAGAGAAGCCAUUAGGAAGGGGCAGAAGGAAAGAAACGGCUCCGGCAUCACGCACGACUAAUUACAUUUCUCUUAGAGGAAGACGCGGUUUGCCAGCAGAUAAUGGUAGAGAAGAAGCUCCUAAAGAAGAUCAAAGUGUUCCAUUAGAAACUUUUGAUUCACCUGUAAAGGAAAAUCAAGUGAGAAAAGGCAGAAGGAAAGGAAUUGCCCCCUUGUUAGAAGCCACAAGGUCUACUUCUCUUCAGGGAAAACAGGGUUUAUCGAAAGAAAGUGGUAGAAAGAAUAAUUAUGGGGAAGCAAAAAAGCUGAUUUUGGAAAAUUCUACUUCCCAAGGAGAAAUGGAUCUUUCAAAAGGGAACUCGAGGCAAACAGUCACUUCACUGGCUGUUAGUUCCACCUCACUUCAAGGUUUGCCAGAAGACAGUAAGAACAAAACUCCUGAAGAACAACAGAGUAUACUUUUGGAGGUAGCUCCAUCUGCAAAAGAAAAUCCAUCAAGAGUGGGCAGAAAGAAAACAAUUUCUUCCAAAUCUGAAGCAACUAGUUCCACUUUAAUCAAGGAAGAACCUGGCUUGCCCAAAGAUAGACGUCAAAAGAGGAUUCUUAAAGAAGGUGAAGAUACAUCUCUAGAAAAUAAUUCAUCUCAGGAAAAAACAAGGCAAUUGAGGAAUAAAAGGAAAAAGGUAGAAUUCACAUCAGAGGCAGCUACUUCUAGCUGUAAAAACGGCGACUUGCCAGAAAAUGGUAAAACUUCGGAAACUCAAAAUGUGUGUUUGACAUCCGCUGGUUCUGAAAAAAAUAAUAAAUCUGGAAAAGGAAAAGAGGUUAACCCUGUACAACAGGCAACUUCCACUUCUCGCAGAAGAAAAUGUCAGUUGCCAGCAGAUGACUUAGCAUCCAAAAAAUUAAAAUCAGAGAAUGAUGAAAACCGAUCGCUACAAAAAGGAAGAAUAAACAAAGCUAAAGAAGAACUUGGUGAAGAGGACGUAAGGGUUACUCGGACUGCUGGAGGAACGGACAGGAAGACAAGAUCAAGCACAAGAACAAAGUUGCAGUUAACGUGGAGUAGCUCGUUCGUGUGGUUUGGAGACCGUUUGGAGAUCAGCGUCCGCAGUGGACGGAGGCUGACUCCUGGAGGUCUGACUUCCAGCGAGCAGCGAGCGCGAGCGUCAGCACCUGUGUCCCGACGCCAGACAGCUGGCACGCUCUCUGCGUGCCACGGCGUGCCAUCUGUGCCAGGCGUCACGUGCCAGUUACGUGACUUGGGGGAAAUCAGGAGGAAGAAAGUACAGUGGGUCACGGCUGUGUGGCACCAGAAGGACGUUGUGGAGCUGUUCCCGGGCCCGUAUGGCAAAUGCUAUGGCUGUCAGUCCCCUCGGGGGCGGAGGGAAAAGAGCUCCAAACAAAUGCUUCUUCGUAGGUGCAAUGCACAUAAGUGCAUUUUUGGAUCAUAG